AUGCUAAGGGCAUUAAGGUCAACAAAUUUGGUCGACGGUGGAUGGAUAUACCAACCAUGGUGCUUUCAUUUCUAGCUUCUUCCUUAACUUGGAUAAGACGAAGAAGAAGGCAAAAUGGUUUUUACUAUUUAAGUUUCGACUUUCGUUUUUUAAUUCCUUUUUUUGGAAUUUUAGUAUCCUCUAUUGCCUUGUUCACUGGCAUCAAACAACACCUCUCUUUGCAGCAUCUUUGAGAAGAUAAAAGAUUUAGAGAGAGACAGAGAGAAAUUGGUUUUCUCACUUUUUGUGCUUGUUCUGAUCUUGUUCUGUGUCAUAUUCUGAUAUAUUAUGCUUUUACGAGUGUUUUUUUUUUUUUUUGGGUUAAUAUUAUCUUCUUCAGUUGAGUGGUUUCAAAUUCAAGAAUAGUUAAGUGGGUUGUUGUUGGAUUUGAUAGUUAAUUCUUGUUUUCCAGCAAGAUUGGCCCUCUGGGUCUCUUUGUUCGCUCUGUUUCACUUACUUGGAUUUGGUAUGGUUUACUCUUGGUGCUUUUCUGGAGAUAGAUUCUUCAUUUAUCGACAUCUGUUCUUGAUCUGAUCGAAACAGCAACAUAAGGGUGCUUUAUUAUUUUCCAAGUGUAAGAAAAUGGAAUCCGAUCUUCAACAUCACCAUCAUUUCCUUCACGAUCACCACCAACACCAGCAACAUCACCAGAAACAAAUGAACUCUGGCUUGAUGAGGUACCAAUCUGCGCCAAGCUCGUAUUUCACUGGUUUCCUAGACAGGGGAUCCUGCGAAGAGUUCCUUGAUAGGCCAACGAGCCCUGAAACAGAAAGAAUUUUCGCAAGAUUUCUGGACAGUUCUGGUGGCAACACAGAGAACAUGUCAAAACAAAACUUCGGAGUAAUUAAGCAAGAUUCCCCAGUGAGAGAAGCAGGGGCACAAGUUAAUCAGCAAGCACAGAUUAUGGGUUCAAUGAAUAAUAAUGAUACAAUGUUGCAUCAACAGCAGCAGCAACAGAGCAAUUUUUCCUACGCCGCUUCACAGAGUGUUUAUCAAAACCAAUCAAGGCCACCAUUACCAGAUCACAAUUCAGGUUCUGGUAUGGAUUAUAGGAUGGUGACUUCAAUGGGAAUGGAGCGAUUACCACAAAUGAAGAGUUCUAGUUCGAAUCUGGUUCGGCACAGUAGCUCACCUGCAGGGCUUUUCUCCAAUCUAAAUAUUGAAGUGGAAAACGGCUAUGCUGUAUUGAGAGGCAUGGGAGAUUUUGGAGCAGGUAAUAGAGAAACAUCUUAUUCUGCAGCUAGUAGGCCUCCUCCUUCUCUUCCUUCAGGACGAAUGAGUCCAAUUGCUGAAAUUGGGAACAAAAACAUGGGAGAAAAUAGCCCAGAGAAUAGUGGUUUUGGUGAAACUCGUAGCAACAAUUAUGUCACAGGUUUCCCAAUGGGUUCUUGGGAUGAUACAAGUGUCAUCUCUGCUGGUGCUGGUGCAAGUGCAAAAAGACUAACAGAUGAUGAUAGGACACUUUCUGGCCUAAAUGCAUCUGAAACUCUGGACGGAGAUGCUGGAAAUCACCCUCCUAUGUUGGCUCAUCAUUUGAGUUUGCCAAAAACCUCAGCUGAAAUCUCAGCCAUUGAAAAGUUUCUGCAGUUGCAAGAUUCUGUGCCUUGCAAGAUUCGGGCUAAGCGUGGAUGCGCCACUCAUCCAAGGAGCAUUGCUGAGCGGGUGAGAAGAACUCGAAUUAGCGAACGCAUGAGGAAACUACAAGAUCUUGUACCUAACAUGGAUAAGCAAACAAACACAGCAGACAUGCUGGAUUUGGCUGUCGACUACAUUAAUGACCUCGAAAGACAAGUUAAGACACUAUCAGAGACUCGUGCCAAGUGUACGUGCGCAAGCAAUCAGCAGCAGCCCUAGCAGAAAAUUCCCAAGUAUGACUUGGUCUUGGUUAUAUGUACAGAUUAUUUAAUAAGAAUUUGCAGAAGUAGGCGAUAUAAAAGGGAAGCUGGGUUAUGUUUUGCACUAAAAACACAGAGAGAUAUCUAUAGUAGCUAGCUAAUAAACACCUACCCAAUCUGAUAUGGAGAUGAAGGAAACUAAAUGCUGACUGUAAGAUCCAACUGAAACCUGUUGCGAAAAUAGAAAAGAAUAGCUGUGUAGUGGUAGCUUUGAUUGUAUGUUAUAACAUGUGUUUCCAUCUAGUUCUGGAGCUUAACAAUAUUAAGGUAAGUUUGUGUUUUAAGAAAACUGAGAAUUGUGCUUUGGUUUGA